AUGGCGUCGACUGGAAACACUGGAUAUGAAGACAUGAACCACAUCUACGGCACACUGUAUUUGGGCUGUUUUGAGGCCACACAAGACAGACAGGGGCUCAGAGAGCGGGGCAUUCGUGGGAUACUGACGGUUAUGGACGAGCCGUUGGCGCCCAAAGAGAAGUACAAUGAGAUCACGUAUCACUACAUAGAGGCCGACGAUUACACAGAUCAGGAUCUGUUGACNUGUUUUGAGGCCACACAAGACAGACAGGGGCUCAGAGAGCGGGGCAUUCGUGGGAUACUGACGGUUAUGGACGAGCCGUUGGCGCCCAAAGAGAAGUACAAUGAGAUCACGUAUCACUACAUAGAGGCCGACGAUUACACAGAUCAGGAUCUGUUGACCCGCUUUGUGGACGCGUACGACAUCAUCGGCUCGUAUACGCGGGCGAAGACCGGCGUUUUGGUUCACUGCGCGGCCGGUAUCUCGAGAUCGGCGACGAUUGUCAUCUCGUAUCUGAUGCGCGAACUUCGGAUGACAUUCGCGGCGACCAUGACUUUAGUCCGCACCGGACGUCCGAUUAUCAGUCCCAACGAAGGCUUUCAGCGACAGUUAUCUCUAUACGAGUGGAUGGGCUGCCGAUUGGAUGCAAACGACCGCCGUUUCAGACAAUAUCUGUUGAAAAUGUUUGUGCCGUCCGAUUGUCGCCAAUUGAGUCAAUACUUCGAGCGAUUGCUUUAUGUCGAGAACUCGACGGCGAAUCUCCAGUUGGGCCUGAAGUAUGUGUGCAAAGAGUGCGGCCAAAAGCUGUUCCACGAAAUACAUGUCCUGAAGAAUGCGAACGCGGAUCAGAUCGCUGGCAAUCACGUGUGCGGUCGUGUCUUCAUUGAGCCCCAGCGCUGGAUGUCUGAACUCUUGCAGUCCAAUCACUCGACACAAGUGGUGACCAUAAAGUGUCAAAAGUGUGCCCAACCUGUGGCCUCAUUUGUGCCACAAUUGCAGACAAAUCAGUGUAAUUGCAAACAUCACGCAAAUCUCAAUCGCCUUAAGAUCCAGAUGUUGGACAACAAGUACGCAAAGUCUCAAUCAAAUCAAUGA